CCGGUCUCAUUCGCUACACACGUUUCAACAAAUGAGACAGAAGUUCAACAGACAACAGUCUGCUUCCCUACACAACCCUGAUUUAUUCCCUGAGCACCAUUCAUCCUGUCCACUGAAUGAAGCAGGGAUCCUGUGGAAAAAAUAGUCUCUGGAUGGCAGACUCUGAAAAGAAAUGCAGUUUUAAGAGACACCAAAGAUGCUGACUAGAAAGAUUAAACUCUGGGAUAUUAAUGCCCAUAUAACCUGUCGUCUCUGCAAUGGAUACCUUAUUGAUGCUACCACUGUAACAGAAUGCUUACAUACCUUCUGUAGAAGUUGCCUGGUGAAGUAUUUGGAGGAAAAUAACACCUGUCCAACAUGUAGAAUUGUUAUACAUCAGAGCCAUCCGCUACAGUAUAUCGGUCAUGACAGAACAAUGCAAGAUAUUGUUUACAAACUUGUUCCAGGCCUUCAAGAAGCGGAAAUGAGAAAGCAGAGAGAAUUCUAUCAUAAACUAGGCAUGGAAGUACCAGGGGACAUCAAAGGGGAGACAUGCUCUGCUAAGCAACAUUUAGAUUCGCAUCGGAAUGGUGAAACUAAAGCUGAUGAGAGUUCAAACAAAGAAACAUCAGAAGAAAAACAAGAAGAAGAUAAUGACUAUCACAGAAGUGAUGAACAGCCUGAAGUGAAUUAA